UCCCGGAGCCCCGCGAUGGAGAUGGCAGAGGCGGAACUGCACAAGGAGAGGCUGCAAGCCAUAGCAGAAAAAAGAAAGAGGCAGACAGAAAUAGAAGGCAAACGACAGCAGCUCGACGAACAAGUACUCCUGCUGCAGCAUUCCAAGUCCAAAGUGCUUCGGGAAAAAUGGCUGCUGCAAGGUAUCCCCGCCGGAACUGCCGAAGAGGAGGAAGCCAGGCGGCGGCAGUCUGAGGAGGAUGAGUUCAGAGUCAAGCAGCUUGAGGAUAACAUCCAGAGGCUGGAGCAGGAAAUCCAAGCACUGGAAAGUGAAGAAUCCCAGAUAUCUGCCAAAGAGCAAAUCAUCCUAGAGAAGCUAAAAGAGACAGAAAAAUCCUUCAAGGACUUCCAGAAGAGCUUCUCCACUACGGAUGGAGAUGCAGUAAAUUACAUUUCCUCCCAGCUCCCCGACCUGCCAAUCCUCUGUUCACAAACAGCAGAACCAUCACCUGGGCAGGAGGGGACCAGCAGAACGGCUGCUGUGUACGCCAUGGAAAUUAAUGUGGAGAAAGACAAACAAACAGGAGAGACCAAGAUUCUCUCUGCAUCUACCAUUGGCCCAGAGGGGGUCCAUCAGAGAGGAGUCAAAGUCUAUGAUGAUGGUACCAAAGUAGUGUAUGAGGUGCACUCAGGAGGCACCGUGGUAGAAAACGGAGUGCACAAAUUAAGUGCAAAGGAUGUCGAAGAGCUUAUUCAGAAGGCUGGACAAUCAAGCUUGAGAGGAGGACACACGUCAGAAAGGACUGUGAUUGCGGAUGGGAGCCUCAGCCACCCCAAGGAACACAUGCUCUGCAAAGAAGCCAAGUUAGAAAUGGUACAUAAAGCUAGGAAAGAUCACUCUCCUGGGAACCCCGGGCAGCAGGCCCAAGCCCCCAGCACGGAAGGGCCAGAGGCAAGCUUGGAUCAACCAGUCACCAUGAUUUUUAUGGGCUACCAAAAUAUCGAGGAUGAAGAAGAGACGAAAAAGGUGCUAGGCUAUGACGAAACCAUCAAGGCUGAAUUGGUCCUCAUUGACGAAGACGAUGAGAAGUCAUUGAGAGAGAAGACCGUGACGGACGUGUCCACCAUUGACGGGAACGCGGCUGAGCUUGUGUCGGGGAGGCCAGUCUCAGACACCACAGAACCCUCAUCCCCAGAAGGGAAGGAAGAGAGCCUGGCCACAGAGCCAGCCCCAGGGAUCGGAUGGCAGAGUGUGCUGCUAACGGGAGAUGAAACAGUCUUGUGUGCCCCAGAAACAUCCAGCCCCGACAUGACUCUGAAGAAGCCCCCCCAGCUUCCUGAAGAUGAUAUCCAGCUGAAGAUCGAGAGAGACAGCUGUCGUGCCAAUCUCCUGGAGCCUGCUCCCCACACUCUUGCCCCAGAUCACCAAAACAUGGAAAUUGAGGUGUCCGUUACAGAAUGUAAGAGUGUUCCUGGAAUCACCUCUACCCCCCAUUCCAUGGACCACCCCUCCCCAUUCUAUUCCUCCCCUCACAAUGGCCUCCUCUCUGAUCACCAUGAGUCACUGGAUAAUGAUGUGGCCAGAGAGAUCCGAUAUCUAGACGAGGUGCUAGAGGCCAACUGCUGUGAUUCUGCAGUGGAUGGGACGUACAACGGGACGUCCUCCCCAGAGCCUGGUGCAGCCAUCCUGGUGGGCAGCCUAAGCCCACCAGCCCACACAGCCACCCAGCUGGAACCCAAGGAGGGAGCCGCGGGCAGGCCGGUGCCCCCUCACAUUGAGCUCAGCAGGAGCCCCUCUGACGCCAUGGCAGAGGGGGAAAGAGCAAAUGGCCACGCCCCCGACCAGCCCCGGGAUCUGCUAGGGGACAGCCUGCAGGCACCUGUGAGCCCCAGCUCCUCCACCAGCUCCCGCUGUUCCUCCCGAGACGGGGAGUUCACGCUCACCACCCUGAAGAAGGAGGCCAAGUUUGAGCUGCGCGCCUUCCACGAGGACAAGAAGCCCUCCAGGCUCUUCGAGGAGGACGAGCGGGAGAAGGAGCAGUACUGUGUCAGGAAGGUGAGGCCCUCGGAAGAGAUGCUGGAGCUGGAAAAGGAGAGGAGAGAGCUCAUCCGGAGUCAGGCGGUGAAGAAGAAUCCCGGCAUCGCAGCCAAGUGGUGGAAUCCCCCCCAGGAGAAGACCAUCGAGGAGCAGCUGGACGAGGAACAUCUGGAGUCGCACAAAAAGUACAAGGAGCGCAAGGAGAGGAGGGCCCAGCAGGAGCAGCAGCAGCUGCAGCAGCUGUUGCAACAGCAGCAGCAGCAGCCCCCCCCACAGCUCUGCACAGCCCCCACUUCCUCUCAUGAUCGUCCAGGCGGGACUGAGAAUGCAAAGGAGGACAUUGUCACAGAGCAGAUUGACUUCUCUGCCGCUCGCAAACAGUUCCAGCUGAUGGAGAAUUCCAGGCAGACGGUGGCCAGGGGCCAGAGUACACCCCGGCUGUUCUCCAUCAAGCCUUUCUACAGGCCUCUGGGGUCCAUCAACUCCGACAAACCCCCGACCAUCCUGAGACCGACUUCUGUCGGGGUAGCUACAGAGGACAGUGGCGUGUCGGCAGCCAAGGGGCAGAAAGCCCCCUGUGUGCUGGAGAGCCAGUCCGCAGGAGGAGGCCCUGGCAGCACCGCCCCUCAGGGAAGGGAAGGGCCCUACAGCGAGCCCUCCAAACGGGGCCCCUUAUCUAAACUGUGGGCCGAGGACGGGGAAUUCACAAGCGCCCGGGCCGUCCUCACCGUGGUCAAGGAUGAUGACCAUGGCAUUUUGGAUCAAUUCUCAAGAUCAGUCAAUGUCUCUUUGACCCAAGAGGAGCUCGACUCAGGUUUGGACGAGCUGUCGGUGAGGUCCCAGGACACCACAGUCCUGGAGACCUUGUCCAACGACUUCAGCAUGGACAACAUCAGCGACAGUGGGGCCUCCAACGAGACAACCAACGCCCUCCAGGAGAACUCCCUGGCCGAUUUCUCUCUGCCUCAGACUCCACAGACAGACAAUCCCUCCGAGGGCCGAGAAGGCGUCUCCAAGUCAUUUAGCGAUCAUGGUUUCUAUUCCCCCUCUUCCACCCUGGGGGACUCCCCGUCUGUGGAUGAGUCCUUGGAAUAUCAGGCUGGUCUCCUGGUGCAGAAUGCCAUUCAGCAAGCCAUAGCUGAGCAGGUGGAUAAGGCUGCUCCCCAAGCCAGCAAGCAUGGAGCAGAACAGCGGAGACCCGACCCAACCCUUGAGGAAGCUGAAAUCAGGGCUCCUGACCCAGAGAAGCCCCAGAGCAUGUUUGAGCCACCCCAAGUGUCCUCUCCUGUUCAAGAGAAAAGGGAUGUAAUACCAAAGAUUCUGCCUGCGGAGGACAGGGCUCUCAGGGAAAGGGGGCCCUCCCAGCUACCACCGACUGUGCAGCCCAGUGGCCCGGUCAACAUGGAGGAGACCAGGCCCGAGGGGGGCUAUUUCAGCAAGUACUCAGAGGCUGCUGAGUUGAGAAGCACAGCCUCCCUUCUGGCCACUCAAGAAUCCGACGUGAUGGUUGGGCCUUUCAAGUUGAGGUCCAGGAAGCAGCGGACUUUGUCCAUGAUUGAAGAAGAGAUCAGAGCUGCCCAGGAAAGGGAAGAGGAGCUGAAGCGGCAGAGACAAGUCUUGCAGAGCGCACCGAGCCCCCGGGCCAAGAACGCCCCAUCGCUGCCUUCUAGAACCUCCUGCUACAAAACCGCCCCAGGGAAAAUAGAGAAAGUCAAACCUCCUCCAUCCCCCACAACCGAAGGCCCCAGCUUGCAGCCUGACUUAGCCCCCGAAGAGGCUGCCGGAACCCAGCGGCCCAAGAACCUGAUGCAGACCCUCAUGGAAGACUAUGAGACACACAAAUCUAAAAGGCGCGAGAGAAUGGAUGAUAGUAGUGUCCUUGAGGCCACACGGGUUAAUCGAAGGAAGAGUGCAUUGGCCUUGCGCUGGGAGGCAGGGAUCUAUGCCAACCAGGAGGAAGAAGACAAUGAAUAAACUUCCUUCAGCCCAGGAAACUUCUUUGGUGCUUGGGAUACCAAGAAACCAAGAAAUGAUCACAUCAAAGCAUUUUGAUGGACUAUUUAUUAGAGUGCAUACAGACUCAGCAAUCCUUAUGUAGACCAGAAACUGCAACACACACUGAUGAAGAAUAAAAUGAAAAGGAAGUCCACCCAUCAAAUUCUGAGACCCAGGAGUCAGAAGAGCUUUGUGACUCAAAGAAGCCUCUGGAUUUGGACCAGUCCACAAUGGAUCCAAAAGACAAAGACAUUACAAGCAAAUCAACACAUGUGCCGAGGGCAGAACUCUGACCAGCCUUGGCGGGUGAUGAGGACGGACUGUGAUAAUAAGGCCAUUAGCCAGCAGUAGGGCCCAGGCUGGUGCCAUCUGUGGGGCCCAGGGUAUUUCUCUGCUCUGGCUUCCCACCCCUUGCUCACAGCAUCCAAGGUGUUGGGCUGACGCCAUUUUCUCCAGCAGCCAUACUACGAAUGGUGUUUCUCUCCGUAGUUGCCCCAAAGAGGCAGUUAUGAUAAUAUUUCUCUUACAUUUAAUUAUUUUUAAUUGGGAGCAAUUAAUGAUUGCAAUGCAUAAAAUCCAUAUUUUUAAGACAAUAAUAUAUCUUCAUGUUGCAGAUGCAAUCUCUUCUACACUAGGAGGUUGAGAAAGGUGGGGGAGAAAGCCAAACCAAAUGGAUUAUUUUAGCUUUAGGAUCUUGUCUGCUUAUACUCUUGACUGAUCUGUAGUUUAGAAGAACACAUUUUCACAAUUACGUUUCUUCACAUGGAAACUAUAUUUAGUGGGCAACAACUAUUUUUAUGAUGGGAUAGGGGACUAUAAACGAAUAAAAUCUGUACACAUUGAACAGCUUGGAUCAAGAUGGUAGGGGUAUUUUUAGAUGGCAAUAAUUGAAAAAAAUUAAAAAAGGGCAAACUCUGCCUUAGAGAGGUAGAUGGCAAGAAAUAAAAAGUGUUUAUAACUAUUUUGUAUUAUACAGUGAGCCUUAGAAGUAGUAGGAAGAAGGAAGAAUGUUUGGGGUCAAUAGAAAGAAUACAUUCAAGUCACUGAAGAUAGGGAGAGAAAGAGGGAGGAGGGAGAGUGAGAAGAGAAGGAAUUGAAAGAUUAUUUUUUGGCCAAGUGCUUUUCAGGAUGAUAAAGAGAAAAAUAUAGAAUAGGAAUUUAAGUGCAGGCUUGGAAUCAGCUACAAAUCCUAAAGAUGAUGGGGUGUGCGUGUGUGUACACCUUUGUGUGUUUGUGUAAUGAGUGUAUGUUCACGAGUGUGUGUGUGUGUGUGUGUGUUAAAAUUUGAUUGAUCACGACACCUGGGUGUACAGUUAUUUCCUCCAAAGCUGUUUGCCAGCAUCAGGAGUGAGUGAGAAUUUCUUUUUUAUGAAAAGGGAUAUAAAGGCACCGAGCUGAUGCAGUAUUUGUAAUAUUAAAUUGACCUAACAUGGUAUUUGCAUGAAUCACAAUUGCAGAGUUUUGAGUAGUUUUGUAAUUUGACAUUUAGGAACAUAUCCUAUUUAUUCUCAUGCUUUGGAUUCAUGCUUAGUAUACUCUAGAGGAUGCCAGCUUUACUCUUUCUGUCAUUUAAAGCAAUAUGAUAAGGGCAUUCAAUAACUGGGCGCCCUAAAUUUCUGGAUGAGAAAAAUGUUCUAUUUCUGACCAUGAGAAAAUAACCAGCCUUCAUUACUUUUCCUUUGUUUUAAAACUUUUUUUUUUAAAAAGCAAUAAUUAAAUUAGAUCUCAUUAAAAUUCUUUUUUGUUUUCAUAUUGUUAUGUCAUAAGCUCCUACUAUGUUUUUCUAAUAAGUAGCGAUUCCUCAAAACUCGUAUGUAGUGUUACACACAUUAUCUUUGCUUUUUAUCUUUGCUAGUGUUGACUUUGAGGGAAAGUUUAUUCACAAAUGAUGGGCACAAAGUAAAAAGAUGGACCUGUCCAAUAACCCCCAGAAAUCCUUUGAAACUGCCUGGGGAACCUGCCAUUUGCAGCCAGAUUCUGCAGAUUGAAGCCAAUAUUGCACUGUGGGCAGUUGGCACCAUCUUGGGACGGUCCAUUCUCCUGAACGUUCAGCCAGGUGCUGGCCACUGGGACACAGAACAAAUAAGACCCCUGCUGCUAGGAGUGUUCUAGUGGGAGAGGCUGGUGUGGAGCCAGGCACUCCCAGGAAAGUGACAUCCGUGCAAGAUCAGAAGUCCUGCCACGUGGAAUGGGAGCCUCCAGGAAGGAGGACCGCCAUUGUCUAAGAAUUUCCAGCUGGAGGCCCCAGAUUUCUGGGCUGAGGUCCGAAUGAUGAGGGGUGUUCCCAAGGGAGACCUGUGGAGAGGAGCAGAGGAGGCAGCAGCACCAGUGGCCCCAAGCACAGGGGCAGUCAGGAUGACGAGAGUAGGCUACUUCUAUGGGUUGCUCAGAAAAUACACCAUGCUUCAUGCGUUGGGACAGACGUGGAUCUCCCAGAGAGCACAGACAUGGUGCAGACUGACACCCCCUUUUUUCACUAGAGGAAACCUUCCUCACCACUUACCUUAAGCCUUUGUUCCGUCUGGAAGGGAAUCUUGUACCCAUGUGACCGCUGCAGUGGAGAAGAGCUGGCAGCUGGGAGGACCGCUCAGGAAGCCACACAGUUCACGGAAUGGCUUUCAAGGCAGACCUGAUUCAACAAGAAGCACUGAUUGCCUGCGGAAUAAGAGAGCUCUAGAGCUGGGCUCCCUUGGGCCACGCUCCAUGGGUAGAUGAAGAAAUAGAUGCAAUUUCUGUGAUUCGUCCCCGAGGCAUGGAGCUGUUUUUACCAUGGCCCCUACAUCUCCAACUUUUGCUAGUUGCCCCAAAUUGCCUUCCAGAUAACUGCUGUUUCUUUGCUGUACUCACUGACAAUCCCAUUACAUUCCUAUUAAAAUGUAAAUUACGGUUCCCUGGGGAGAGCCAGGUUUUCUCAGUGCUCUUGAUAUUUUUAUUCAUUCGAGAAACAUUCCUCCUCACCCCCACCCCGCGCACUUGCGCCUUGGACACAGCACUGUGCUAGGCUCUGGGAUCCCACGUGAACCCGUGUAGCUUCCCCAAGAUGGAACAGACCCCCGAGAAAAGUCAUUCCUGCCUAAUCCAUCGGGAGCAGGCCUCUGAGGCUUGGCCCCACCCUCAAAUAGCACGCAAGCUUGUUAAUGUCAACAUAACAAGUGUUUAGAUUCUGCACAUGUUAGAGCCUUCCGGAAAAUAUUCCCUGCUGCAGUGUUUAUAGAUGUUGUUUCUUCUGGAGCCGAUUAACUACUGACACGCCUUGGUUCUCUCAUCCAGAAAUUAUGGAAACAGGGUCUGUCAGUGACAGAGGUCGGGUUGAGUUCUAUUUGGAUUACAAUGCAAUUACCCAUGCAUGCUGCCCACCCUAGGCAAUAACAUAGAAGCAGUAUAUAGAUCAGUGUCCACAUAAACACACGCACACACACACACACACACACACACACACACAUAUAUACUCAUAACAAGGAACACUACAGCAGUGUUUGACUCUUGUCGCUGAAGACAUUUUUUUCCAACUGAAGAAUGGAUUUAAUUAAACUAUUGAAAAAAAAUAGCCUUUUAAGUAUUAGAGAUGGUGACUAUAUCCAGUUUUAGUUAUAGAACCAAUUUCCUGGAUUUUUAGCAUUCAAUGACCUGCCAAUUUUGAUUUUGUGUUGCUCUUUAUCCAAAUGACAUUUUCUUUCUUUUUUUUUAUUGGAGGAGGGAAAAAAGCAGCAAUACUGUGUUUGAAAAUUAUACUCUGUAUCUGGCUUUCCUGUGUAUGUUAACCACUUCAAUGUUAUUAUCCUGCUUCGGUUUUAUAGUGAUUGUGAGGCAUUCAAUGCAAGUAUACAGUUAUUUUCUCAUUAAAAACCCAAUGUGUGUUGUGUUUUUAUAAAA